AUGGGUAUAUCUGAUAAGCUCAUAUUCACUCACGAGACUGUUAAUCACAGUGAGAGCUUUGUGAACCCAGUUACUGGCACCCACACUCAGAAUAUUGAGUCGACGUGGAAUACGUGCAAGUACAACAUCAAGAUGCACAAAGGCAUUCUUGGUGUUAAACUGGAUGAACUGUUGUGUGAGUUCAUGUGGAAGCACAAUACUGGGAAAAGAAUGGGCUUGAUAGCAUUAUUUGAGCUUCUUAGGAUCCAAUAA